UCAUGAGAUGGACAAUAUUCACAAGUUACGUACAAGUGAAGCUUUUUCAAUGUAAUACUUGACCGUGCUUCCAAAAUUUAUUUUAUUAAUGGACGCAAAGAUGUCCUUAAUUAUUAAAUUAUACUAGUAACGUUAUGCAGUAAGUUUUAGUAUCAACUUACCGUCUUUCUAUGAGGAAUUAUGUCGUCUACACAAAGCAAAAUGCGAGGUCCAGGAAGACCACCAAAAUCAAAAAAUUCCUGUACAUGGUGUGGCGAAACUAAACAGCCUUUAAAGUAUGUCCUUCCAACGCAGCAUGGAAAAAAGGAAUUUUGUUCAGAAACAUGUUUGUCUGAAUUUCGCAAAGCUUAUGUACGAGGAGCUUGCGUUCAAUGUGACAACGUUAUCAGAGGCACACCAGUGAGAUUAGAACAGAAGGAUGGACCCACAAAAGACUUUUGUUCUUCGUUUUGUUUGAAUAAACAUCAGAAGAGAGAAGGGCAAGUGGAUAUGAAGAAAAAUAAUAGGGACCAUUCAUCACCUGCGCCAUCUCUUACGCCAUCCGGAUUAAUAAGUGGAAAUAAUAUUCCAUCUACAACUCAAUCAUUUACAAGUACAAAUCACACAAAUGUAUCUCAUCCUCCGUCAACUUCUACCGGCCCAUUUCAAUAUGAAACAUACCAAACUUUUGAUUGGGAUCUGUAUUUGAAAGAAACAAACAGUCAAGCAGCACCAAUUGAAUGUUUUAAACAGCAUGAAGUUCCACCAACUAACGAGUUUAAAAUGGGUAUGAAGUUAGAAGCAUUAGACCCUCGUAAUUUAACAUCAACAUGUAUUGCAACUGUAGUUGGUGUCCUUGGUCCUCGUUUAAGAUUAAGGUUGGAUGGCUCAGACAACAAAAAUGAUUUCUGGCGUUUGGUUGACAGUAAUGAAAUUCAUCCAAUUGGACAUUGUGAAAAAUCUGGUGGAAUGUUGCAACCUCCAUUAGGCUUCCGAAUGAAUGCUUCUAGUUGGCCAAUGUUUCUUUUGAAAACAUUGAAUGGUGCAGAAAUGGCCCCUGCAAAAGUGUUCAAACGUGAACCAAAAACACCACGUUCUAACUUGUUUGAAGUUGGACAUAAAUUAGAAGCCAUAGAUAAAAAGAAUCCGCAACUUAUAUGUACGGCGACUGUUGGUGCUGUUAAAGAUGAUAUGAUUCACAUUACAUUUGAUGGAUGGAGAGGAGCAUUUGAUUAUUGGUGUCGUUUUGACUCCAGAGAUAUUUUUCCUGCCGGUUGGUGCUUUAAAAGUGGUCAUCCAUUACAACCACCAAGACAGAAAUCAACUGGGCCUAAUAGAUUUAAGUCAAGAACUAGUAAUAUCUUACCAGUAAUGGCAGUAUCUGGUGCGGGCACUAAUGGAGAACCGGCCGUUGCAUUGGUGAGUCCUGCUGGUUCCAGUGCUCCACCGCAACCAGCCACAGAACCCGAUACUAGUACAGCUAAUACCAAAUCAGAUACUAUAGAGAAUAGUAUGCAGUUGGAUAAUUCUACACUAUCAUCACCAACAGCUGCAAAGCAACCACGAAAAUCCGUUCCAGAACUUGAAGCAGCAACUUCUACUACCCAAUCUGAAACUACCACAAACCGUACACCUUCUGCAGAACCAGCAGAAUGGACAAUUGAAGAUGUAAUACAUUACAUCGGUGUUACCGAUCCUGCAUUAGGACAGCAUGCAGAUUUAUUUAGAAAACAUGAAAUUGACGGAAAAGCUUUAUUACUUUUGAAUUCUGACAUGAUGAUGAAAUACAUGGGACUGAAACUUGGGCCAGCGCUUAAAAUAUGCAACUUGGUAAAUCGUAUUAAAGGCAGAAGGCAUAUACUUCUAUGACUUUAUCAAACAUCAAAAAAUGUACAGUGAGUUAAAUUGACGCAUUACUUAAACUGGCUGGUCAAAUUUGUUUUCAUUAUCGAGAACAAAAUAAUAUAUAAGUUGUUAAAAUUAUGUGAAUAUAUUGA